CACACACACACACACACACACACACAGAGUCCUGGCUCUCUGUCUGUCAUUUCCUGGAUCCAGCGUGUCCAAGCUGGCGUGGAAACUUUCAGUAGUGUGUUGUUGAAGGAGGGAGGAAGGAGGGGGCAGCUCCGGAAGAUCUACAGCCGCUCUGCUGCACUCAAACACGGAUCAGUCCGCCUCUGAACCCCGGGAUGUCGGCUGUGAAGGCGCUGCAGCAGUGGUGCCGGGUCCGGUGCGACGGAUACCGGGAUGUGACCAUCACCAACAUGACCACCUCCUUCAGGGACGGCAUGGCUUUCUGUGCGCUCAUACACAAACACAGACCCGAUCUCAUAAACUUUGAUUCACUGAAGAAGGAGGAUGUUUAUGAGAACAACAAACUGGCGUUCAAGGUCGCGGAGGAGGAGUUGGGAAUUCCAGCGCUGUUGGAUGCAGAGGACAUGGUGGCCCUCAAAGUUCCUGACCGGCUCAGUAUCCUCACAUAUGUGUCACAGUACUACAACUACUUCCAUGGACGCUCCCCGAUCGGAGGUAUGGGAGGUAUAGGAGGUACAAAGCGCUCAGCUGACGCCCCCUCAGACGCACCGUCUGGGAAGAAGAACCAGCCGGUGGUGGCGAAGGUGUUUGGAUCGUCCAAACCGGCCAGAGAGAACAGUCCUCCACCCUCUGCAAACAUCACAAGGCCCUCUUCCUCCCCGAGACAAACCAGAAAUACCACAAAGGAUGUUGUGGUUGAGAAACCUCAUCAGAUGGGCACCUUAAGUAACAAGUGUGCUUCCUGCGACAAGCAUGUUCACCUGGUGCAGCGACAUCUGGUGGAGGGGAAGCUCUAUCACAGGCACUGUGCAAAGGCCAUGUCGCCUACAAACCCCACGGCACCUUUCAGAGGAUUACCCACAACCACUCCUGUUUCCAGAUUCUCGUCUUUACUAGAACCCACCCAAACUAAACCAGCUUCUCAAACUCCUUCAACUCCUCCAUCAUACAGAGCACACACAACGCCUUCAACUCCUCCAUCAUACAGAGCACACACAACGCCUUCAACUCCUCCAUCAUACAGAGCACAUCCAACGCCUUCAACUCCUCCAACUCCUCCAACUCCUCCAACUUACAGAACUCAUACAACUAAACCAACUCCUCUGACUAAUGCAGCCUCCAGACUGGGACCAUCAUGGCUGGCAGAGAAACCCAGCCCCUCUCCCAGCUUCUCCACCACUUUCUCUUCUUCGUCUCCAUCCCGGCCUGCUUCCAGUCUCUCCUCUGCUGCUAAACAGACUCCGACCGCUGUUGUCUCCAAGCCCACGGCUACACGGACAACAAAUGUGUCCAUCUUCACCACAACGCCCACGAAUCAAGACACAAAGACACCAUCUAGCAACAAAACGACAUCAGCUAUAUUCACAACGACACCGUCUAGCAAUAAAACAUCAACAUCUACUAGCACAACAACACCGCUUAGCAACAAAAUGACAACAACAACACCGUCUAGCAACAAAACGACAUCGUCUAUAUUCACAACGACACCGUCUAGCAACAAAACGACAUCGUCUAUAUUCACAACGACACCGUCUAGCAACAAAACGACAUCGUCUAUAUUCACAACGACACCGUCUAGCAACAAAACGACCCCCUCCAUCAUCACAACGACACCAACUGUCAUCACAACCACACCGUCUAUCAACACAACUACAAAGUCUACUACCACAACGACCACGUCAAAUGACACCAGGCCCGUCGCUGCUCCUCGGAAAUCCACCACGGCGGCAAAGACAUUGCAGUCCAAGCUCAACUUCUUCAAAUCAGAUAACCCCGCUAAAGAGGAAGAGAAAAAGACGAUAACCACCAGCAUCGUCAUCAAUAAAGGGCCGGAUCCGAGCGAUACGGUGAAGAAGAACCCAGCAGAGCAGGCCGUCACCGUGGUUGUGAACGUUGGAGAUUUGGAUAAAAAGCAGGCGAAUGUGAGCUGGGGCACAGGAGAGGAGAAAUCUAAAGCAGCAGGUGGAGAAGGAGAUGCUAAGACGAAAGCAUCAGCAGCUGCCAUCAUCUCCAAAAAACUGGCUGAGGAGAACAACAACAACAACAGCAAGCCAGCGUGGACCAGUGUAUCGCUGAAGAAAACUGACAAGUCUCCUCAGGUAGAGACCCCUAAGAAGGACCCGGAGCCUGCCAGAGGGAGACGGAGGCUAAAGGCCGACCCGUCGAUCCUCGCUGACAUGCAGAUUCCCUUAGUCCCCCCGAGCCCGGCCGCCAGCAGUGCAGUCAGAACCAGAACCCCUGAGAGACCAGCUGCAAACCCCCGCAGUGCUUCACCCAACACUGCUGCAUCAGAAAACACUGGGUCGCCUGCAGACUGGAGGUCGAAGCUCAAACCCGUCUCAAAACCUGCUGCUCCUUCACAGUCCUCUAAAACCUGGGCUAAUGGAUCCGGAAAACCUCAGAGUUCAGAUCCGCCUCCCUCCUCUCAUCUGUCCAGCCCGAGCAUUUCUGUCACUCCACCUGCAGCAAAGGGAUUCCUGAAUGGACAGAAAGGCCCGACUGCUAAUGGCACCAAGCCAGAGUCAACAAUUACCAAGAAGAAACCCGACUACAUUCAGAAAGAGGACAUCAUAAAGGAGCUGCAGGACAUCGAGGAUAAUCUGAAUGAGUGGGAGGGGAGAGGAGUGGAGCUGGAGAUGAGGCUCCGCAGCAGCGAAGCAGAGGGGGAAGAUGACGCCGUCAGUGACGAGCUCAUGAUCGAGUGGUUCACCUUGAUCAGGAACAAGCAGGUGGCCAUGCGCCGGGAGUCAGAACUGGUCUACAUCGGAAAAACCCAGGACCUGGAGGAGGAGCAGCCCAGUGUGGAGCAGGAGCUGCGGAGACUGAUGGAGAAACCAGAACAUCUGAAAACUUCCUGGGAGAAGAAGAGAGAAGAGCAGCUGAUGGCCAAACUGAUGGAGAUCGUCAACGACAGAAACGCCAUCAUCGAGGGUCUGGACGAGGACAGGCUCAGGGAGGAAGAGGAGGAUGAGAGCUCAACAAGAUGAUGAUGACUUUCAGCGUCAAGAAAGACAAACCAAAGAAGAAGUCUCCGAUGUCCAAACUGUUCAGUUGGGGGAAUAAGAAGGAGGGAUGACGCUCCGCUGCUCUCUCUGAUGUUUGUGUUUAUUCUGCUGCUCUUGUUGUAGUCUUAAUGUCAGCGUACUCAGCGUGUGAUUCAUAGGAUAACACUGAUAGUGUGUGUGUCUGUAUGUGCUCGUUUGUUUGUGUGUGUGUGUGUGUGUGUGUGUGUGUGUGUGUGUGUGUGUGUGUGUGUGUGUGUGUGCUCGUUUGAGUGUGUGUGUGACCUGUCAUCUUAAGCGCUUUUAGAAAAAUGCCCUUCCCUCUGUCGACUGCAUCACUCAAGAUCUGACAUUGCUCCUGCCUGUCAGUGACACACACACACACGCACGCACACACACACGCACACACACACACACACACACACACACACACACACACACACUGCACAUAAUGUUGAGGGGUUAAUGACUCACCAGCCGUGAUGUGAUUGGGUUCAACGCUCCAGUUGUUAAUUUUAAUCCCCUUCUCGUCUUAAUCUGUCUACUUAAUGCUCUCUCUCUCACACACAGAUACACACACACACACACACACACACACACACACACACACACACACACACACACACACACACACACACACACACACACACAUUUCUUCCUUAUAUCGUCUCACACAUGCCACUUAUUGAAAUGUUGCUUGUACAGUGUGUACAGUAACACGGAUGCUAAUACGAGUUAACAAACAAAGCACUCGGACAACGUCAGGGUCACUUUCUGACCUCUUUAAAGUCAAUUACAUGUUGAACUUUUAACAUUUGAGCUAAGGGUCCCGCUCUCUGUCGUUCUUCUGUCAAACAGGACUUCAUUUUUCUAUCUUGGUCAACAACAAGUGUACUCAAAGCCAAGCACUUUGAUAAGGACACAUAUUUUUCAUAUGAAAUACUCUUUAUAUAAUAGCAUCUUGAGGACAUGUGGUUCAGGAGUAAAAGCAAUAAGCAGACACUACAUUUUUCAACAUGAAUUUCCUCUAAUCUCUGAAUUUUUCUUAUAUAUAUACAUAAUUAAGUGUCAGAGGAGGAGUAAUCAUUCUUUAGUUGAACUUGUCACAGCCUGUAGAUAAAUGCAAGCUAUAAUAAAGGGUUUCAAGUAGGCAAAACUGUGUUUUAAUGGCCAUACAAACUCACAGUUUUGUUUUGCGUCAAUUAUGCUUCAAGAAUGAAACAGAAAUCUCUGAUUACGAGGAAGUUAUUCUCUAUAUUUUAGUAAAUGCACAUCUGAUGCCUCAACAUAGUUGUAACAAAGUCUCUGGACGUCACUCCUUAUAUUCUAUUGUCUUAUCUACUCCAGUUUAGCUGUACUUGAAUAUCUAGUUUGUAUUUUCACGAUCUGACUCAAGAAAAAUGAUGAAUAUGGUUUGUGUCAUGUGACUCACAGGUUUUCAAUCUAAAAGCAUGAGUUGACUGGAUCUGUUUAAAACUGGUCCACAUUGGACUUCGUGUCAUAAACUAUAACGUGGGACGCGCUGAAUCAAACUUCAGAUUUCUGUGCCGUGACCAAACUGCUCCAACACAACAUUAGGAUUGUAAAUAUUUUAAUGUUCUCAUCCCGUUUAUUCCCCGUUAUCUCUGUAUAUAUUGUAUAAAGUUGGUACUAAUGCCAGAUUGAUUAUUAAAUGGAGAAACGUGCCUUGACUAACUGAACAAAUUACUGAAAUAAACUUACUAAAAA